UCCGUGUCCAACGCAACGCGCUACAGGUAAGGGUGAGGUGCUACUGAAUGAGAAAAGCGAGAGCGAACAGCAGCAGCCAGACGGAGCUGACGCUGGUCGAGGCCACCAGGCGGCCUCGACGUGGCCUGGUGAUCAACAGCUUCUCGUGCGCCCCAGCCACGGGCGUCUGGUACUACCGAGUGGACGUGUCCGCGUACGAAGAGGAACUACUGUCGACGUUCAUCGAUGAGAAGGAGAACGAAAACGACGAUGGCUCCAGCGACGACGGUCGCAGAUCCAGUCACACUGACUCACGGGCAGACGCGGACGUGGAGCACUACUCCAUCCUGAGACGCUACAACGACUUCCUGCAGCUGUACGAACAGAUCCGCUCUGUGGUCAUUGCUACCGAGGGAAAUGCAUGUAGUUUGCCUCCGUUCCCAGGCAAAGAGUACAUAUCAUCGGCGCUGAUUGGUUUGCUGUGGCGCGGGUCGUCGUCGAAGACUGUACUGGAAGAACGACGCGCCAAGUUCGAGGUGCUGCUGCAGUGGAUUGAGAACCACCCCAUUGCCCGCAACUGCCCGGCGUUCAUGAUGUUCCUGGGUAAACCUCCGCAGACCACAGACGGCUACGUCAGCCUAAAAGAGUACGCGUCGCCAGACUGGCUGUCGUCGCUGCAGCAGGUGACGCAGGGCGUCGAGGGUCGCAAGCGCCGGUACUCAGCCGGUAGCUCAGCUAUCCGAUCCAUGCUGGAGAGAUCCACUUCGGAGGCGUCUGGGCGUUCUCAUCGCCCACGUCUUCAAGCUGUUAAGGAGGUGUCUUCAAAACGUGUGCUAGGCAAGCGUCGGAAUCGUUCUGCUCACCGCACUCUGCGUGUCGAGCCGCCGUGUAAGAAGGUGGCGCUGCCUGUUGCAGUAGCAAGUGCUAUGGACAGCCAGAAGCUGCCUAACGCAGAACAAGUUCCCCUCGUGCCACAGACUUUGCGUAGAGAGAAACGUUGCUCAAGUGGAAAGCAACACCUGAACGAGGAGAUUCAUAGCGUGACCGUUUAA